AUGGCGUCGAGGGAGUUACUGGCCCUCAGACAUGAACACUUCAACACUAUCUAUAAACCUAUGUCCGAUGUUCCUGGUAAUCCGGAUCACUGUGAUACUGUGGUUCUGGUGAGGAAAGUGGCAGCAUCCUUCUCGUUCAUCGGAUGCCUCUUCAUGAUCUUCGUCAUCUGGCUCUUCAAGAAAUACAUCGUGUUUACACAGAGGCUGAUCUUGUACCUGAGUAUCAGUGCACUAUUGGACAGCAUCUCCUAUCUUAUGAGUGACAUGAUUCCUGAUAGUACUCUGUGUAACUUUCUUGGAUGGUGGUUGACAUUUUUUGACUGGACGGUGCUGCUGUGGGUGAGCUGCAUCACCUUCAACCUCUUCAUGAACGUCAUCAGGACUACCACUACAGAGAAGUUUGAGUGGGCCUACCAUAUUUUGUGCUGGGUGUUUUCGUUUGUGAUGUCCUGCCUGCCUUUCAUCAACGACCGCUAUGGGCCUGCUGGAGCCUGGUGCUGGAUUGUGGAAGACUGGAGAUGGAGGCUGGGCAUCUGGUACGGCCCUCUGUUCAUCAUCAUUGCCUUGCUGUUUGUUGCCUAUAUCUAUAUCUCCGUCAUGCUCCACAGGAAGGCCAACACAUGGGAAGGAACGUAUGACCCUGACACGGAACGAGAACAUCAAAUGCUCAAGGAGGAUAUCAAGCCCCUAAGAUUCUACCCGUUUGUGUACUUGGCAGUGUCUAUCUUUCCACUCAUCAACAGGAUUCAAAAUGCUAUAUCUCCCCACAACCAUGUAUUUGCCCUGGUGCUGUUGGCUUCCAUAUCAGCUCCCCUACAUGGUGCUCUAAAUGCUAUAGUGUUCGGUAUGGACAAAGAAACGUUACACAAGUUGAAACCUUCACAAAUACGACUGGCGAUCCAGGGCAAGUUUGCUCCUAGAGCUGUUGUACAGGAGUACAACCCUCAGCUGACAGAGGACCAGGGUCAAUGAGGGACUGAUGGACGGACAGAUGGAAGGAGGAUGGAUGCUGGAAGAGGUUCUUCUUCAUGUCUAUUUGGACUUGCAUCUGGAUUACAGGUCCUGCACAAAAUCCAUCAUGGUCUUCGAUUCACAAUCAGCAUUGCCCUUUUUAACAAAUUAACAGACCUUUAUGCCUAGUUUUUCUAAAAUGUGUCCAUCUACUAUCAAUAUAUUUUUCUUUGGAAUAUAUCCAUAUUUUUAAGCCAAUGUGUAGAAAACGUAAAUAUUUAGUUGAUUAGUUAAUACUUUUCAUGGAUCUGCACUUGAUAUGCUUGCCUCUUCAUCAAUGAGUUGCCAUGGAAACAAAUUGAAAUAUGCAUGUACUGAAGCAGUACUGUCUUUUUUAAUGAAAUACGUCACUGGCAAUGGAAGCAGCUGUAGUUUAAAUUGUACACAAAACGAGGCAACAAUGAAGGUUGAGAGUUAUCAUUGGGAAACAACCUAAAUGAUUCUGCACUUUUGGUAAUGUUUUAUAAAUGUUUGGUUAUGACUCUUUUAUUGGAAUAUUUUGAGCGAAAACAGUAUUGAAAUUAGUUCAAUCCAAUGAUAAUUUUGAAAGUUAUGAAAGAAAGAAUGGACGAAGUAGAAACUGAAGGUAUGUUGGAAACAACUCUAAAAAUUGCAAAUAAGCUGAUAAUCAGUGGCACAAUGAGGAUGUUAUAUUGGAUGGCAGGUCAUUAUAUAUCUUGGCUUAUAUAAUUUAAUGAAAUGUGUAUUCCUUGGCUUGUAAACUUAUAUCCUGCAUAUACAUUCAAACAGGUGGUGGGGUAGCAUAGUAGUUAAAGUGUUCACUCGUCACGCUUAAGACCUGGGUUCAAUUCCCGACAUGGGUACAAUAUGUUGAGCACAUUUCUGGU